CUGGAGGAAGCAGCGGCAUCGGUGGUUUUCUUAGGAAGCAAGGCGGCUGUCCUCUGUUGCUGUGACGAUGGGGUGCUGGCUCUCUGGACCGUGGAUGGGAGACCAAACGCUUAAUGGGCGGAGCCUUGCACACCUGAGCCAGCGUGAUGCUCUGAGGAUCCUGGCAGCAAAUCAGCGUCCAAUCACACUGCAGAUCAAAGGUCAGCGGGGGUCUGAGGCAGACAGGGCAGCCUGGGAGACCCUGCCCCUCAACCUGCAGCAUCUCAACCUGCCACACCCACCAAUAGGGGCAGGGCUAAAUGCAUCCAGCCCCACCUACCAGGACAGACAUUUUUAUGGCCACUUGCCUCUGCCACAAGAUCCCUGUGAAGGAGGACGGUACGGCUACCUGUCCAGCUCCCCACGAGACACUGUGGACAUCAUCCACCAGCAGGAUCCAGAGCUGGCUGGUCGUGGACCAAAGGGACAGAACUGCCUUAUGGGUUGCUGCAAUACAAAUCUAGAGGAACCUAAUGGCUUCCACAGUCAGACGGACGAUGAGGAUUUCAUGCUUGAGAAGCCUCUGGGCUUCCUGCCCCUCCAUCAUGAGCUGGACAGCGGUCUGGGCUGGACUGAUGGCUCCCUCCACCAGGGGGACCUCUCAGGACUUGAGACUGAAGAAGGAGGCCUGGAGGAUUGUCAUUCUCACGGAGCCCUUGCCCCAGGAGGUUGUGGGGGCUUUGGAGGCGGCUCUCCAUCCUCUGAGUCUUUUAUUUCGUCUGAGCUCAGCGACUCUGGUUUCUACAGCGUGAGCACCGGGGAGUUCAGGCACUUCCAGAGGCUGCUGGAGAAGCGAAUGCGGCUGUACAACGCAAGGCUGCAACAUCAGGGCGAACCCUGUGAGAGGAGAGAGCGAAGGGACAGCUGUCCUAAGAGCCACCGCGAGCUGCUGGAGGCUAUCCCUGAGGCGCUCACCAUGCAGCCUCAGUGUCAGCGCCUGCAGCUCGGGAUGGAGGAGGCUGCUGAACCUGUCAUGGACCUCCCACCUCGAGGACUUUUCAGGGUUUCAUCGGUCCAGUUCCAUAAAGCUGAUCGCCCCUGUCUGAACCGUCACAGUUCCAGCAGUGGCGCCCUCUUCAACCCCUCCCAUGCUGCGGUCUCAAGAAUGACUGCCCCAGUCCUCUCCACUUGCAGUACUCCUUCAAGCCAUCGGAGACCAUUCGUUCCCAUGCAGCCACACCACCAACCGUCCAGUUCAAUGGGCAUGCUAAGGAGAAGCCGAACACUUCACCAUCGCCCCCCUCCUCAGGAGUAUCGUCGCAGAGCCAGCCACCCAGCUUCCCCCUCCUACUGUGCAGCAACCAUGCACCACUGUGGAGGUGUUGCACCAUGCAACGCCCUGCCGCUGGGCCUACCUGAGGAAGGUGAGCUAAAUACAGGUAUGAUGGCUUCUCAGCCAGCUAACUUGGCUAUCUCUCCCCAACAACACCCUACUGCUCUGGGGCAUAACAGGGGCGCCAACAACCAUGAGAGAUGCUUUGACAACAAGCAAACCAGUCAGAUUCCUCAUCAUGACUACUGGCACUCACAAGAAAGACGCCUGAUCCCUGAACCUUUAGUGACAGAACGGGACAGAGAAAUAGAGAGGGAGCUGGAACAGAAAAGGCAAAUGCAAAAGGAGCAGGAGAUGGAGAUGGAGAGAGAGGCUCAGAUUCAGGAGGAGAUGGACCGGGAGAGGCAGCUGGAGCUGGAGAGGAGCAUAGCCAGAGAGCAGCAGCACCUGCAGAGCAUGGUCCAUUCUUCUCAGUCUGUAGAUGUCAAUGACACCUGGCCCAAACCUGCAACCCGCCAGUCCCAAGGGGGGCCAGGAGGCAGAGGUCUCUACAGCACCCUGGAAGGCCACACAGGGGUUAACUGUGCUGCUGGUUGGGAUGCAAAGAAAGGACACACAAAUGCAAUUUCAAACCCCAAUCCCAGUUCUGGUCUGCAGCCUAAAAAUGACCUAAGCUCCAAACCCAACGCAAACACAAGGAUCUCCAGAAGCCAACUCCUGAGGGACAGGGCGUCCCAGUUGGCGGAUGAACGCAGCGGGAUGAGCACAGACGAGGAGACCAACACUGACAUGCUGAUGGGUCGAUACUGGAGUCGGACGGAAAGGAGGGAACACUUCCUGUUGGCCCGUGAGCAGAGGCAGCAGCAGCUUCAAGCUAGAGGACUGUCUGUACGGGAGUCCAUCAGCAGAGGAGGAGCCAUCACAGGAGGUGGAGGAGCUUCUGUUGGAGAUGCAGGUGUGCAGGACAGCAGAAUGGGCGGAGCUUUUACAGAUGGGCGUUGCAACACUGUCCUGGAGCUGAGUCAGAGGAAGCUGAGUCGUCUGAGGAACAGGAAGCUGUUUGAUGACUGGACAACAGUAGAGGAGCUCCUGACUCAUGGGACCAGGCUGGAUAACCAUGAGGACAUGCUGUGUCCCAGCUCCCUGCUGACAGUCACCACUGUCUAACUGCAUGGACACCACUUUAACAGUAACUCUGUGUGCAAGUUUGAGUGAUGUUCAG